AUUCGCCUUUCUCAAAAGUUAUAAUUUAUUUUAAUUAUGUAUAAAAAAAUUGCAUUUGCGCUGCUCGUUUAUAAUAUAUUUUGAACGUGAUGUUGCCAGGUAGCAGGUCACGAGAAGCGGAAACGUAGUUUUCGUCAAUCGUAAUUGAUCGAAUUUAUCGCGAUUCGAAUAUACGUCGAAUUUAUUUCUUCCAAUAUGAUCUCUCCUGGAAAUCGCGAGGAGACCCGGCACUCUCGCGUAUUUAUGCCGGUUGUUUUAAGUGCCUGCGCGAUUCCGAUCUCGAUGGUCUUCUGGAUAGUAAACGUGGCUUAUUCAAUACUAUGGUCGAACAGCAGAAACUUCACGGAAGAACACUCAGUUAUCUCACCGUGGAGAUGGCUGGCCGCAGUCGUCAUUCCAUUAUUAUUCCUGUCCUGGGGCUUGCGCAAAAAAAGUCUGCACAUUAGUGGUGCAAUUUUUGGUUUUUUCGUGGGCUUUAUCUUGACACUUUCAAAUUUUGCUCACUUGUCAGCUCUUGUGACAUUCUUUAUCACUGGUUCAAAAGUGACGAAGUUUCGAUCUAAACAAAAGCAAAAACUUGAAGCUGAUUUCAAGGAAGGUGGCCAACGGACCUGGAUACAGGUGCUGUGUAACAGCGGCAUGGCUACACAAUUGGCUUUAUUGUACCUUUUGGAUGUCGGAAGCGGAGAAAGACCGAUCGACUUCGACAAGGAAUAUCGAAGCUCGUGGUUGUCCAUUGGAAUACUAGGAGCAUUUGCAUGUUGCAAUGGUGAUACAUGGGCUUCAGAAUUGGGUACAGUCAUUGGCACAAAUGAUCCUUUUCUUAUUACAACAUGGAAAAGAGUACCAAGAGGAACGAAUGGCGGUAUAUCGUGGAUAGGUCUGUUAUGUUCCACCCUUGGUGGUUUGAUAGUUGGGCUUAUCUAUUAUAUUGUGAUAACAUAUACUGUUGAUACGGCUGUAUUGCAACUAGCAGCACCACAGUGGCCUAUGAUAGUUGUCGCAGGAUUUGGAGGCCUCUUUGGCUCCCUUUUAGAUUCCUUCCUUGGUGCGACUUUACAGUAUUCAGGAAUUGAUGAGAAAGGUUUUAUAAUGGAGCGGCCGGGAAAAGGUGUAAAACAUAUUUGUGGUAAACAGAUCCUAGAUAAUCACAGUGUUAAUCUCCUUUCUAGUAUUGGUGUUGCCCUCUUUCUUCCAAGAUUUGCCAAUCUUUUUUGGCCAUAAAAUUUUAGAUUGAUUAAAAAUAUAAUAUCUAUUAUCGAAUUCAUUAAUUUUAUUUUUAUCUAUAUAAAGAAAAAUCCCGCACGGUUUUGUAUAUCUUCUAUAUUUUUCUAUCCUGCUUUACUUUAUUGUUAGAGAUGAAAGCGAUACUUUAAAAAUGAAUAAAAAAUCUAAGAUUA